GAGCAAGGCAGCAGCAGGCAGAGCUCAGAGGCCGACCGCCUGCACGUCUUCCUCUUUCUGGCUGCUGUGUGGAGGCUGACAGCCGGGUUUCCUUCUCACCCCCCUGACUCGCUCUGUAGAGCAAAGUAGCAAAUAUUUUUCUUCACUUGUGGAGCAGAGCACUCAAACUUCAGGACACCGUCUGCUACUUAAUACGAAGCCAUGCUUAAACCGGGCACCGCUAAGGGUGGGCUGCCCAAGCCGGGACUCCAGGAGCGGGUAAGGCAGGCCUCCUUGACUUCUCCUACCUCCACCUCUGCAGCCUUGAAGAACUCCAGAUCUUCCAACACGCUAGCCUCAGAUCAGCGCCUCAGCAAGCUGAAAAGAGCCAGCAGUGAUGAUGCCUUGACAAAGCCUGCACUUGGAGCUGCAGCUGUUGGCUCCCGGAUGAAGAAGACUGUCACUAGUGGAGGAAUCUCGGAUCUUGCAGAGGCCCGCCCUCGCAGCCUUUCAGGUGCACAGACGCCCAAGAAGUCAGGAAUCCCUGCUCCAAGAGAAAUCCCCUCUUCUAUAACAAGAGAUCAGGUUUCUCUCCGAGAUCGACUAAAGAGCUCUUCUACUAAAAGAAUAGUUACCAGUUCCAGCACCUCCAGUCUUUCCACCUUGGCAAAGCAGACCCGUAGCUCAACCAAGACCCGUGCAGAUGUGGAGAGCCAGGAAAGGGGCCUCCUGGAGAGCCAAGUGAAAGAGCUUCUCGCCGAAGCUAAGGCGAAGGACUUGGAGAUCAGCAAUUUGAGGACAGAGUUGCAGCGCUGCAAGAAUAAAACCUCACCUACUUCAUCUUUACCCUCUCCUAGCUCUGUUUCACACCAAGAGCAUGUUGCUGAUCAUGAGCAGGGGCAGGUGGCUGAAGCCCUUGUCCUGGUUAGGGAGCUUAGAGAGAAGAAUGGAAUAUUUCAGAGAGAGUUGGCAGCACUAAGAGAAGAGAAUCAGGGACUGAAGGAGAAGCUGCUUUUCUUGGAGGGUUCUCCUCUUUCUAAUAAAAAGACCAAAUCCUCAACCAUUACCUUGGUGAAUGGUGUCCCUUCAGACCAUUCAGCUUCUCUAAAGGACACAAUCAUCUCCACUGCCAGCUCACUCAAAACCUCUGUCUCCUCCAGCACCGACAUUUCCAAGGAGUCACCAUCACCAGACUCCUCAGAGUUUGAGAAGAUCCCAUCCCGCUCAGAAUCAGGGAGUAGUAGUGUCAGUGGAGAAGCUGUCACAGUAAAUAGUUCAGGAGGUCAGGAUGUGUCCGUGCGGAGAUUAACAGAACAGAUUCACAAGAUGGAAGAGAGCCAUCACAGCACUGCAGAGGAGCUGCAGGCAACCCUGCAGGAGCUGGCUGACCAGCAACAGGUGGUGCAGGAGCUAACUGCUGAGAAUGAGCGUCUUACUGAGGAAAAACGCCUUCUGCAGACAUCGCUUCAACAGCAGAGAGAUCGUCUGGAGGUGCUUGCCCAGCAGAAUGAAACACUUGCUCUCAGAAUUCAGGAGCAAGCUCAGGCUCAGGCCCAAAGGGAGCAGGAGCUAGGGAGCCAAGGGCCUCGGCUUGCAGAGCUGGAGCAGAGGUAUGCUGAGCUGGUGGAGAGCUCUCGAUUUGAACGAGAAAAACUGGUGGACAUCCAGCAGCAACUGACAGGCAGUUUGAGGGCUCUGGAAGAGGAACACCAGGAGGCUCAGGCUCAAGUCUGCUGCCUCAAAGAGGAGCUAGACAGGCUGCAGGACCAGCUUGACAAGGAGGUGGAAAGCAGUGGUCAAGCAUUGCAAGCUGCGGAGGAACACAAAGCAACAGCAGAGUGUCUCAGACUGGACAACAGUAGGUUCAAGGCACAGGUGGAUAUAGAGAGGCAAAAGGUUGGUGAGCUGAAGGCCAUGCAGAGUACCAGUGACAGCACUGAGCUGCAGAACUUGCUGAAGACUGCCCACUCUGAGAGAGACAAGCUGGAGAUGGAGCUGACGGAGCUGAGACAGGAGCUGCUCAAGACCCAAGCUGAGGCCGAGCAUGUGAGAGCCACGGUGUCAAAGGUGGAGGCCUCAUGCCAGCAGGUUCAGGAGAAGGCUGAGAAAAGAGAGCAGGAACUGAGCAACAGAAUAACUUCCCUGGAGGAAGCUGGAGUUCAAGCAGAGAACCAAGUGAAGGAAAUGAAGGAGACCAUUUUUGAGCUGGAGGACCAGGUGGAGCAGCAGAGGGCUGUCAAUUGUCAUACCAACCAGGCUGUCCUGGAUAUGGAAAAUCUUGUCAAAAAGCUUGAGGAGCAGAAGGCUGAAGCAGAGCGACAGCUGAAAGUUUUGAAUAGACAGAUGAAGGAGGAAAGAGAUGAGUGGCGCCGUUUUCAGGCAGACCUCCAGACAGCUGUGGUGGUGGCCAACGACAUCAAAGUGGAAGCUCAGCAGGAGCUGCGUACUCUCAGGAGGCAGCUGCAGGAGGAGCAGGAUCGCAAUACGAAGCUUUCUACAGAUCUUCAGGCCAUGCAGGGAGUCAGGUCCCAAGGUGAUGAGGGGAGAGUGUUGGACUCCGACAGCAGCAGCAGCAGCCAAUGGUGCAGCAUCUCCAUGAUCCCCAACACACCCGCCGACGCCAGCGGAGAAGCCAGCUCAGGGGCUGAAGCCACUGUCAAAUCGCUCAUUAAGUCCAUUGAUACUGUUGGAAAGAAUGGCCCAUGUCAUGCAGCUCAAAUGCAUUCCUCCCUGAGAAGCCCUCUGAGUGGGAUCCCUGUACGCACAGCACCAGCUGCAGCUGUCCCCCCCAUCCAGAGACACUCUUACAUUAAGCCGCUAUCAAAGACGCUGGAAAAAAGAAUAAAUCAUAAAGGGCUCUCUCAUCCUCGUGAUAAGUUGUCAAGCUUUGGCAAGGACCUGAAACUGAACAGCCUUAUGAGGAAGAGCCCUUCUCUUGAGAGUGUAAUCAAAAGCUCCAUUUCUCUCAGCAGCCGCACUGCAUCGUUCAGCUACAGUCAAGGAAGCAGUAAACUCAGUGUGGAAAGAACGGACCCCUUGGCUGCUCUGGCGCGGGAGAAUGGAGGAUCUAAGAGAAACGCUCUACUGAAGUGGUGCCAGAAGAAAACAGAAGACUAUCCGAAUAUUGAUGUGACCAACUUCAGCAGCAGCUGGAGUGAUGGCCUGGCUUUCUGUGCCCUGCUGCACACGUACCUGCCCGCCCACAUCCCUUACCAGGAGCUCAUCAGUCAAGAUAAGGUCCGGAAUCUGACCCUGGCCUUCCAGGCCGCAGAGACCAUAGGCAUCAAACCAUCCCUGGACAUUGAGGAGUUAAUGAAGACGGACAGGCCCGAUUGGCAGAGCGUCAUGCAGUACGUCUCCCAGAUCUACAAAUACUUUGAGACCUGAUGCAUUAGGAACCCAGAGGAGUGAAUCAGAUGGACAUGGAUGCUCUUCUGUCCCAUCUAUCUGUGUAAGACUCUCCUUUCAGAUUGGCUGAAGGCUGCCAUGCUAUCAGCUCUAUCUGACGUUCAUCAACUGCCCAAGAAGCUUCUGAACUCAUCUCUACAGUCAGAAGGGAGACACAAAAGGAGAGGAACUACAUCCAACAAAUAAACUUUUCAUAAGAUG